UGCCACAACUACCAUAACCCAUCCACAACCUUAACAGACAGCAGAUAAGGUAGCUCUCUCUCUCUCUCUCUCUCUCUCUCUCUCUCUGCACAGCCAUGGCUGAAGCUACAAGACUCUUUCACACCACACUGAUACCAAGUUUCAAUCCACUCCACAAAACCAAGCCUUACUCAUACUCUCAGUCUCCCCCAAUAAUCUUUCAUAAGCGCCCAAUUAACUGCUCAGUUUCUACAAGUGACACUACAAAAGCCACAGUGACCCAGAAAGUCCCUUGGGGUUGUGAUAUCGAUUCUUUGGAAAAUGCGUCAGCUUUGCAGAGAUGGUUGUCUGAGUCAGGUCUCCCACCCCAGAAAAUGGCCAUUCAAAGAGUGGAAGUUGGAGAAAGAGGACUUGUUGCUUUGAAGAAUAUAAGGAAGGGUGAGAAUUUGCUCUUUGUGCCUCCUUCACUGUUCAUCACUGCAGACUCGGAGUGGAGCUGCACAGAAGCUGGUGAAGUGCUAAAACAGAAUUCUGUACCAGAUUGGCCACUGAUUGCAACUUACCUGAUCAGUGAAGCAAACUUCAUGGAAUCUUCAAGAUGGAGCAAUUAUAUUUCAGCCUUACCUCGACAGCCCUAUUCACUUCUGUACUGGACACGUGAAGAGCUGGAUCGAUAUUUGGAAGCAUCACAGAUUAGAGAGCGGGCAAUUGAGAGGGUUACAAAUGUCAUUGGAACAUACAAUGACUUAAGGCUCAGGAUAUUUUCCAAAUACCCUCAUCUAUUCCCUGAGGAGGUAUUCAAUAUUGAAACCUUCAAAUGGUCAUUUGGCAUUCUUUUCUCACGCUUGGUACGGUUACCCUCAAUGGAUGGAAGGGUUGCCUUGGUUCCGUGGGCAGAUAUGCUGAAUCACAGUUGUGAGGUGGAAACCUUUUUAGAUUACGAUAAGUCGUCAAAGGGAGUUGUCUUUACAACAGAUCGGCCAUAUCAGCCAGGUGAGCAGGUUUUCAUUUCCUAUGGCAAGAAGUCUAAUGGAGAUCUAUUGCUGUCAUACGGAUUUGUGCCGAAAGAGGGUACCAACCCAAGUGAUUCAGUUGAAUUGUCACUGUCACUUAAAAAAUCAGACAAAUGUUAUAAGGAGAAGCUGGAAGCUCUGAGGAAGUAUGAAUUAUCAGGAUCUCAGUGUUUUCCCAUACAAAUAACUGGUUGGCCAAAGGAGUUAAUGGCAUAUGCCUUUUUAGCAGUCAGCCCUCCAAGUAUGAGCAGACAGUUUGAAGAGAUGGCUGCUGCAGCAUCAAAUAAAAAUACCACCAAGAAGGAUCUAAGAUACCCUGAAAUAGAGGAGCAAGCACUGCAAUUCAUAUUGGACUGUUGUGAAUCUAGCAUAUCAAAGUACAACAGAUUCUUGCAGGCAAGUGGAUCAAUGGAUUUGGAUGUGACAUCCCCAAAGCAACUUAACCGACGACUGUUUCUGAAACAGUUAGCAGUGGACUUGUGUACUAGUGAGCGGAGAAUACUAUUUCGUGCACAAUAUAUACUGAGGAGGAGAUUGAGGGAUAUAAGGAGUGGUGAAUUGAGAGCUCUAAGACUCUUUGAUGGGUUGAGGAAGCUAUUCAAAUGAGGGAUUUCCAAAUGCAGUCUGUUUCGGCUGUGCUGAUGAAUGUUUUUGGGACCAUAUGGCAAUGGGAUUUGGCUCAAUUAAUUCCUGGCAGGUUUCUCAUGUUACCUCAAGCAACGGUUUCAAAGAACGGCACACUUUUGGAAGGGGCUAUUAACUAUGUUUAAAUGAGAUUAUUUUUUUUAUAUGUUCUGCCAAAAUAUAAGGUAAAAAAAAAAAAACCCUGGAGCCUAAUGUUUCAGUUAAUUUUCUCAUAAGUUCUAUUUGAUGUUGCACAGCCAACUUCCACUGUUCAAAGUUUGAGAAAUUACUGAAAUUAGAGCAUCAAGCUUGGUAUUUGACUUA